AUGGCAUGCCCAUUGAAAUAUGGUGGGGCAGCUGGAGGUUUUGUUGGUGGAGCUGUUGGUGGUAUAAUCGGAGGGGUGGCAGGACUUACGACUAAUGACAGAGAGUUCGGACAAAUGGUAGGUGGGGCUACUGGUGGUGCAGCAGCGUUACUUACAGGGGGUGUUGUCGGAUAUGCAAUAAUGCCGACUCCGAUGGGAGCGAUUGAAGGUGGCGCAUCGGGAGGCAUUGCUGGUGCUACUACUGGCUACAAAGCUGCUGGAAUAUUCUACGAUGGUUUCAAAUGA